AUGAAACUUUUACCAACUGAUCAGCGCACCGUCAGGGACUCGAAGGGGAGUGCGAUGGGUUCCGUUGCCGCAACCGUCAGUCCCGCCAUCUCCGGAUCGCUGCCAAUCCAGCUGUUCGAGAAUGCGAAUGCCUGGGAGACAUGGCUGGAAGCCAACUGCGCGCAGUCAACGGGACUGUGGUUGAAGAUCAGCAAAAAAGGGUCCGGAAUUGCGUCCGUUACCUACGACGAAGCCGUCGACACGGCAUUAUGUUUUGGAUGGAUUGACGGCCAGAGAAAAUCGCUCGAUGCAGAGCACUUUAUCCAAAAGUUCACUCCCCGUCGGAAGAAGAGCAUGUGGUCCAAGCGGAAUGUUGACAAGGUCGCCGAACUGAUCGCUGCGGGGCGCAUGCGCGAUGCGGGACAACUCGAAAUCGAGGCGGCGAAGGCGGACGGGCGGUGGGAGAAGGCAUACUCGUCGUCGAGCGUGAUGCAGGUCCCAGCCGACUUUCGAGCGGCCCUGGAUCGCAACAAGAAGGCGAAGGCAUUCUUUGAGGGCCUUAACAAGACCAAACGCUAUUCGUUUCUUUGGCGCAUCGAGACUGCGAAGCGGGACGAGACACGGCAGAAACGGAUUGAGCAGUUUGUGCAGCUCCUUAGCGAGGGGAAAUCACUUUGA